CAGUCUUCAUUACAGUCGGAUUUCGCCCAACCGGAAGUACGGUAAUAAAAUUAGAAUUAUCUCGUGAGCGAAUAAACCUCGAGGCCCUGAAGACACGCAACGAGAAUCUUCAGGGCUUCCCGUCGAGUAGAUGAAUUAUUUCCUUUGAGCGGAUUUGCAAUCGCGAUCCAGCUCGAUCUCACCUUGCGAACGUUUCAGGUGGCAGGAGCGUUCGAGAGCCGAAAACCUGAUCCUGGAGAGCGAGAUGACCCUCGACGGGGGAAGGUUCUGACGAGAUUCGAGGACUUUGAAAAAAAGGAGAAAGAGUUUAAGGCGACGACAAGGGCCCUCGGAUCCCCGCAUCACCCCGAAGAGGAGCCUGCGGAUAAAACUCGACCCUGGAGGGUACCACGAGGAGCCCUGGAAAGAACCAGCGACGCCAUGCGGUGGCCGCUCGCGGCCGCUUUGGCUUUGUCGCUGACGUCGGCCCUCGAAUUGCGCAGAGGAUGGAUCUCCGGGGGAGCCCACCUGCCUACCUUCAGCAGGGACUCCGUCGAGAGGCUGCCAGAAGUCCCGGACCAGGGUGCGCCCUUCUCCAUGAGACUGCCUCUCAGAGAUGCCGUCGAGGCCCCCCCGGAUGUCGACGAGCAGAACCGGCUUCUCCGAGAAGUCGCUGGAGACCUACCAGAAAGCGGCAAGAGCAGGGUGCCUCUUCGCGAUGCGGUGGAGUACAGGGUGGCGCCGACCUUCGACGGCCUGGAUUUCGAUUCCAUCUGGAUGGAGCAGCUCGCGGCACCCGCCGUUCGCAGGAAACAGGAGCCUCCCAACGUGAUUUGUCACCUGGAAGCAGGAGCGACGUACAGAACCGAACCGUUCUCUCUUCAGCCUCAAGGUGUCCCCUCUCAUAGGUGCUCUCACCUGAUAUACAGCGCGGCGACUCUAGAUCCACACGACCUGACGGUGGAGCCCAGGGACUCGGAGUAUGACUUGGUCAGAGGAGGCUACAAGGCAGCCGUGGGGCUUCGACAGAAGGACCCUGCCCUGCGAGUGAUGAUCUCCAUCGGAUCUCCGGAUAGGGGAAGGCUCUUCAGGGAACUCGUCCAGUGCCCGGACUGCCGGCGCAGGUUCCUCGCCUCGACGCUGGACUUCCUGAAGAGACACGACUUCGACGGGGUGGAGAUCGACUGGGAGGGCGCCUCGACCUCGAUGUUGAAGACUCUCCUCGGGGACAUUUACGAACCCCUGGCCCAGAAGGGAUACCUCGUCACCGUGGCUAUCAGACCCGAGGACUCCGUCGAUCCCGAAGUCGCCUCCAUGGCGGACCUCCUGCUCCUCAGGGCCUGGAGAUCCGGAAAUGAGAACCUGGCUCUUCAUCCCGCUCCCCUUGAUUUCGUUUCCGACCUCGUCAAGAAGUGGACCGACGCGGGGGUGGAGGCCAGGAAAUUAAUUUUGGGCGUGCCUCUCUUCGGCAGGAGCUACACCCUGAAGUUCGGCAACGCCACGCGAGCCGGUUCUCCCACUUCCGGCCCCGGCUUGGAGGGUCCCUACACGAAGCGCAGGGGUGCCCUCGCCUACUUCGAGAUCUGCGAGAUGUCCGAGAGUCUCUGGCUCUUGGGAAGAGACGACGAAGGAAUGUAUUUAUUGCUGGGGGACCAAUGGAUCGGCUACGACGAUCCUCUUCUGAUCAGGAUCAAAAUGGCCUACCUCAGGUCAGCGGGCCUAGGCGGUGUCUCCCUGUUUAGCCUGGACCUGGACGACUUCCAGGGUUUAUGUGGCAAACCCUGGCCAAUUCUGAACGCAGCGACGAAGGCCCUGGGCAUCUACGACUCUUCCCCCGGGAAGUGCAAAGGGGAGGGUCGCUUCGCCGACCCUGACAACUGCUCGGGAUUCAUCUCCUGCGAAAAAGGGAAACUCUACUUUGGGAACUGCGGCCUAGGGAGGUUCUUCAAGGUGAGUCGAGGCCGGUGCGUAAAGGCCGACCCGGAGAUCUGCAAACCCGGGCACGCCGCGCGCACUCCCAGCGGGAACGAUACCUCCCUGGUGAUGGUAAAGCCUCAUCCCGAGCACCUGGAGCUGCAGACGAGCGGCCCUCGGCUGGUGUGCUACCUGACGUCCUGGAGCCUGUACAGGAAGGGGGAGGGAAAAUUCGUACCCGAGCAUCUGGACCCCAGGCUCUGCACCGACGUGGUCUACGCGUUCUCCGGGUUGAACCCGGAGACCUUGCUAAUGCAGAGCUUCGAUCCGUGGGCGGACAUCGAGAACAAUCUCUACCAGCGAGUGAGCAACAUCCGGGGCCCGAGGGUGUUGCUCGCCCUGGGAGGCUGGACGGACAGCUCGGGUGACAAGUACUCCAGGUUGGUCGGCAGCGCGAGCUCGCGUAGGAAGUUCAUCGCGGCGACCAUCGGUUUCCUGAGGAGGCACAACUUCGACGGGCUCUCGGUCGAGUGGAACUACCCGCGGUGCUGGCAGAGCGACUGCAGGAAGGGACCCUCGAGCGACAAGGCCAACUUCGCCAGGUUUAUCCAAGAGCUGAAGAACGAGUUCGUCGAGCAGGAGCCAAAGUUGAUCCUGGCGGUCGCGUUGUCGGGCUACAAGGAGGUGAUCGAUGCCGCCUACGACGUGCGCCGGCUCUCGGAGGCCGCCGACUUCCUCUCGGUCAUGACCUACGACUACCACGGGGCCUGGGAGCCGACCACGGGGCACCUGUCGCCUCUCUACGCUACCACCUCCGACAGGAAUCCAUUCUACAACGUCAACUUCACCAUGGAGUACCUGGUGCAGUUGGGGGCGGAGAGAGGUAAACUGAUCACCAGGGUGCCGAUGUAUGGACAGGCGUAUCGACUCUCCGACCCUGCGAGAGCCGAGAUAGGCGACCCGGCAGCUGGCCCUGGUAUCCCUGGGGAGUUCACCAAGCAACCCGGCAUGCUGGCUUACUACGAAAUCUGCGACAGGAUUCAGAAACACCAGUGGCAGCCCGGUCCCGGGCCCAGCGCCCAUCACGGGGACCAGUGGGUCGGCUUCGAAGACCCCAAAAGCAUGCUGAAGAAGGCCGAGUUUAUUCUGAGGAAUGGGUACGGCGGCGCCGCCGCAUGGACCGUCGAUCUGGACGACUUCACCAACCGGUGCUGCCUGGAGUCGUUCCCAUUGUUGAGAAGCCUGAAUCGGGGUCUGGGACGCCUGCUGAGUCGUCUUCCCUCGGGAGGAGAUUGCCAGAGGCCGGAGGAACCGGCCACGCCGUCGCCUCCAACAUUGACGACGCACAGCGACGCGAACGACGGGGUACCUAGGCCCACUUCUCCUUUGGGAGGUUCUUCCAGCACUACGGUGUCCACCACGUGGCCUACGUGGACGGAGAGACCCACGAAAACGCCGGAUCAUGUCCAUCCUCCUGGAAAACCCGAUCACGUUCACCCGGUUCAUACGACGGAGCACGUCCACCCAUCUACGAGUACUACCUUGAGGACCACCACCACCAGUGGAACCACUUCUUCGUGGACCACGAAGUGGCCGUGGACGACGACGACACGAAGACCACCCUCCGACUGGGAAACCUCUCCUUCACCUGGCGGCCCCCAGCCAGGGGCCCCUUGUCACCUGGGCCAGUACCAGGCGGACCCCACCAACUGCGCCAACUACUACCGUUGCGUCCUGGGCGAGCUGAAGAAGGAGCAGUGUGCCCCAGGGCUGCACUGGGACGCUUCUCGAGGUAUCUGCGACUGGCCCUCCGCUGCGAACUGUCGACGCCAAAUAGAGAACUCCUCCCCGGCGUCCUGGGAACGUCCUCCGACGACGUACAGGCCACCCCCUAGACCGCAACCGGAGCAGGAUCUGAGCUCCUCGGAAUCUUCUUGCGAGCACGGGACGUACUAUUCUCUCCCAGAAUCCUGCACCACCUUUCUCGUCUGCGUGAACGGCGACCUGGUGGCCCGUGAGUGCGGACCAGGCCUCAACUGGGUGCGCGAGCGGAACAUCUGCGACUGGGCUCACGAGAACCCCUGCAAGGAGGGCCCCCGACCCACCCGGGGCACUUCGCUCUCUAUCCGCGACAAAGUGGAGGAGUGCACCUCGGGAAGCUACUCCGAGGUCCCGGGCGACUGCGGUCGCUACCAGGCUUGUCUCUGGGGGAAGCCGCACGAGUUCCAAUGCGCUCCUGGUCUGCACUUCGACAAAGAGAACCGCAUCUGCGACUGGCCCUCCAGGGCGAAGUGUGGAGGGGGUGGGAACGAGGUUCCAGGAAACCCAGAUCCCUGGGACGAGGUCUCGAUUGCGAGCCCCGAGUCUCCGGGUUCGACCUCCACGACUUCCGCUCCGUGGAGCGAGGUCACCACGCAGAGACCCGCGUCGAGCACCCGGACUCCACGGCCAACCUCCACCCUGGACCCUUGGAACGAGGUCACCACCCAGAAACCUCUGCCGAAACCCGAGAUAGACCCCGCCAAGGUCUCUCCUCUCUCCGGGCACUUCAAGGUAGUCUGCUACUUCACCAACUGGGCCUGGUACCGCAAGGGCGUUGGCAGGUACCUUCCGGAAAAUAUCGACCACACCCUCUGCACGCAUAUUAUUUAUGGAUUUGCGGUGCUGGAUUACUCCGAGCUCACCAUUAAGGCCCACGACUCCUGGGCGGACUACGACAACAGGUUCUACGACCGCGUCGUGGCGUACAAGAAGAGGGGCCUCAGGGUUAUCCUGGCCCUAGGAGGCUGGAACGACUCGGCGGGCGACAAAUAUAGCAGACUGGUGAACAGUCCCAGUGCCAGGAAGAGGUUCGUCGAGAACGUCGUCCAGUUCCUCGAGAAGUUCGGGUUCGAAGGACUCGACCUGGACUGGGAGUACCCGGUGUGCUGGCAGGUCGACUGCGGCAAGGGCCCCGCCUCCGAUAAAGAGGGAUUCGCCGCUCUUCUCAAAGAACUCCACGAGGUCUUCCGACCCAGAGGACUCCUCCUCUCCUCGGCGGUCUCUCCGAGCAAAAGGGUGAUCGACGCCGGCUACGACGUGCCCGCCCUCGCCAAGUACCUCGACUGGAUCUCCGUGAUGACCUACGACUUCCACGGACAGUGGGACAAGAAGACAGGCCACGUGGCGCCGCUCUACUACCACCCCGAAGACGAGUUCUACUACUUCAACGCGAACUACUCCAUCAACUACUGGAUCUCCAAGGGCGCUCCGCCCAGGAACAUCGUCAUGGGCAUGCCGCUUUAUGGGCAGUCCUUCUCCGUCCACGAUCCCAAGGCGGGGACGGGUCUCGGAGCUCCGGCCAGUGCCGGGAACGCCGGCGAGUUCACCAGGGCUGCCGGGUUCCUGGCCUACUAUGAGAUCUGCGAGCGCAUCCUGAACCGCGGGUGGAAGGUCGUCCAGGACCCUCAGCGCAGGAUGGGACCGUACGCCUUCAAGGGGAAUCAGUGGGUCAGCUUCGACGACUCCGACAUGAUCAGACAGAAGGCUCAAUACGUGCGAGACAUGGGUCUCGGAGGCGGCAUGGUCUGGGCCCUGGACCUGGACGACUUCCGCGACAGGUGCGGGGAGGGGCCUCAUCCCCUGAUGAGAACUCUCGUCCAGGUCCUCGCCGACCCCCCCAAUCGCCACGAUAGACCCAUCGAGCCGCCGGCCGUGGGCCAGGAACUUGAGUGGAAGGUCUCUACGAGGCCGGGCGAGACGAUGGCUCCUCUUCAAGAAGCGGAACCGUCGAUUCCCCCGGAGGAUGACGUCGGCUUUAAGGUCGUCUGCUACUUCACGAACUGGGCCUGGUACCGGCAGAAUGGGGGGAGGUAUCUCCCCGAAGACAUCGACCCCGACCUCUGCACCCACGUGGUCUACGGGUUCGCCGUGCUGGACGUUACCGGACUGACCAUCAAGAGCCACGAUCCCUGGGCCGACAUCGACAACAAGUUCUACGAAAGGGUGGUCGCGCUCAAGGCCAAGGGCGUGAAGGUGUCGCUGGCGAUCGGAGGGUGGAACGACUCGGCAGGUGACAAGUACAGCAGGUUGGUCAACUCGCCCGAAGCCAGGAGGAGAUUCGUCACUCAGGUGCUGCAGUUCAUCCAGAAGUACGGGUUCCAAGGUCUCGACCUGGACUGGGAGUAUCCGGUCUGCUGGCAGGUGGACUGCGAAAAGGGGCCCGCCUCGGACAAGGAGAGUUUCGGCAUGCUGGUGAAGGAGCUGAGCGCGGAAUUCAGACCCAGAGGUCUCCUCCUCUCGUCCGCCGUCUCCCCCAGCAAGAGGGUCAUCGAUGCCGGCUACGACGUCGCUCUUUUGUCCGAAUACCUGGACUGGAUAGCGGUGAUGACCUACGAUUUCCAUGGACAGUGGGACAAGAAAACCGGUCACGUCGCUCCGCUCUACGAGUUCCCUGGAGACUGGGAGCCCACCUUCAACGCCAACUUCUCCAUUCACUACUGGCUGGAGCAAGGAGCCUCGCCGAAGAAGCUGGUCAUGGGUGCUCCGCUUUACGGGCAGUCCUUCAGUUUGGCCGAAAGGAGCGAAACCGGGCUGAACUCGCCGACCUACGGGGGAGGCGAAGCUGGCGAGUCCACCAGAGCCAGAGGGUUCCUUUCCUACUACGAGAUCUGCGAGAGGACUUUGACGCAGGGCUGGACCGUAGUCCAGGACCCCGAGAGAAGAAUGGGACCUUACGCCUACAAGGGCGACCAGUGGGUCAGCUUCGACGACGCCGAGCAGACGAAGCGCAAGGCUCAGUUCAUCAAGGACCUCGGUCUGGGUGGCGGCAUGGUCUGGGCUCUAGACCUGGACGACUUCAAGAACCGAUGCGGCUGCGAGAGCAGCCCCUUGCUGAAGACGAUGAACAGGGUCCUCAGGAACUACCCAGACGGCCCGGUGUGCCCGAUUUCAGACUCUCCUGUCGAAACGCCGUCGUACCCGACGUCCUCCCCGGCGACUACUCAGGCAACUGCGGAAGUUGAAGAGGUUCUCACCACGACGUACCCAACCUACCCGACUCAGCAGACCUCCGAACCUUCCGCGAUCUCGACGACCGAGGACUCCGUCGAGGUCGAGGCAGGACCUCCUCUCGAUUUCUCGAUGGACUGCGAGGGUCGAAUGUUCGUUCCCCAUAAAACGGAUUGCUCGAAGUACAUCCUCUGCAACUUCGGCCAGGUGUCCGUCCACUCUUGUCCCAGUGGGCUCUACUGGAACGACGAUCGGUGCGACUGGCCCGAGAACUCCAAGUGCAGGAAGCGGCAGCAGCAAGCGGCAGCCGAGAAUCCUUUGAACCUCGCGGCGAUACAGCAGCACCGGGAGAUACUCGAGGAGGUCUCGGCGAUCCCGAAGAGCAGGAAACUGGUCUGCUACUUCACGAACUGGGCCUGGUACCGACCCGGCGAUGGACAGUUCUUCCCGGAGGAUAUCGCAUCCUCCCGGUGCACUCACGUCGUGUACGGCUUCGCCGUCCUGGACGCGGAGGAGCUGACCAUGAAGAGCCAUAACGUUUGGGCGGACAUCGGCAAGGACUUCUACGGCAGGGUCACCGCUCUCAAGAGCAAGGGCGUCAAGGUGUCCAUCGGCCUGGGAGGGUGGCACGACUCUGCCGGAGAUAAGUACAGUCGGCUGGUGAACGAUCCCGCGGCCAGGAAGAGGUUCGUCGCUCGUGCCCUGAGAUUCGUCAAGAAGCACGACUUCGACGGCUUGGACCUGGACUGGGAGUACCCGGUGUGCUGGCAGAUGGACUGCCGGAAGGGACCGGCCUCCGAUAAGGAGUCUUUCGCCUCCCUGGUGAAGGACCUGAAGGAAGCCUUCCAGCCGUGGGGUCUCCUUCUCUCGGCUGCCGUGUCUCCUAGCAAGAGAGUCAUCGACCUUGGGUACGACGUCCCCAGUCUUGCCAGACACCUGGACUGGAUCGCGGUGAUGACCUACGACUUCCACGGCCACAUGGAACGCAGGACCGGCCACGUGGCUCCUCUGUAUUACUACCCUGGCGAUGAGUUCGACCACUUCAACGCGAACUUCUCCAUGCGGUAUUGGAUCGAGAAGGGGGCUCCCCCGGAGACCCUGGUCAUGGGCAUUCCUUUUUACGGGCAGAGCUUCACGCUGGCCGAUGGCGGAUCCAGGAACAUCAAGGCUCCCGCUUCCGGUCCGGGAAGAGCUGGCCGGUUCACCAGGGCGGCUGGAUUUCUCGCCUUUUACGAAAUAUGCGAGAACGUCAAGAACGAAGGCUGGAGCGUGACGAAGGACCCUGAGAAGCGGGUCGGACCAUACGCGUAUAAAGGGGAUCAAUGGGUCAGCUACGACGACGUGACCAACGUAAUCGAGAAGGCGAACUUGAUCAUUGAUCUGAACCUCGGAGGAGGAAUGGUCUGGGCUCUGGAUUUGGACGACUUCAAGAACCUCUGCCAGUGCGGGAGGUAUCCUUUAUUAAGGACUCUCAGCGAGCGACUCCAAGGCAGAGAGGUCCUGGCUAAAGACUGCACCUAAAACGUAAUUUGUUAUAAGCGUGGGCGUUUUCACUUGUAAAACGCGCGAAAUUCUUCCGGGUGACAUCGAUCACUGGGGGGGGGAAAUACGGUUUCGCGAUCGUGUCGCCCGAGAAGACUCGAUUAAGUGGAAACUCCAUUGACAUAUCCUACGAUGUACUUCAUAUCGCGUUUUGUACUCAACAAUGGACUGCUGUUUUUACUUUCGCCCUCGGCCUUUCCUUCGCAUGAAAGGUUCCCUCAGAUUCGGCCGGAAUCUGGGAAUUAUUAAAAUAACUUGAACGACUUUAGGGGGUUUAAGAGAAAUAAUGAGCGUUGAUUUUUUCAUGAAUCGGGGCCUUGUGGAAGCCCACAAAGAGGUAGUUUAUCUAUCGGUGCCAGGCCUCUGGAUACAUUUCCGCUAGCGGUUAUUGCUCAACUUUCUACGUAAAUCCACCACAAAGGUCGCCCAAGUUCCUCGCGGAUUCCUUCCCUUAUAUACUCGUUACACGUAUCUGCGAAAUAGACGUCGACUCGGCAUUUGCAUCGACCGAACUUAAGCGCGAGUUGCUUAGAAAAGUACGGAACCUAGUGCUCUAGAUACUAGAGCGAGGCGGAAUAUU